UCUAACAAAGCAAACCUAUGUUACUGUUGAUCGACGUGGUCACUAAUUCUAGAGUGGAUAUCAUGUCUGAUGAGGUUUAAAAUGCAAGGGUUCUUUCUCCCAAGUACUAACUAGAAGGUUUUUGCUGGAAAGGAUUCACAGAAUAUGAUUGAGCUCAUCUUCAAAUACCUUCUAUCUCAACCACUAAAAAAUGUCACACGGGAGUGACUUGGGCAAGGAGUUGAAUAUAGUAAUUGCCAUUCACAGAUAUCCCAUGUUCCAGUCAUUCAGCUGGGCAAGGAUUGCUAUAAAAAGUGGUUGUUUUAAUUGCCAUUAUUAUUCACAAUAGCCCAACUCUCGAGACUAGACACUUAAAGAUUCACAAAGACUUCCACUGCACUCUCCGUUGUAAGUACAGCUCUGCCAGGUAUAAAAAUGGACUGGGAGUAGCGAAGACUCUUAUUUUGAAAGCGAAUCACGUGCCAUCUGUCGCCAGCAAUAACAGGCGGUGAUCUAAUCGCAGAUCGUGGGCCGAGAGUGGAGCAGCGAGCAGCGAGCGCUGCACUCCCUCCAUCCAACGCAGCCAGUUCCAACAACCGCAGCAAGCAGCUCAUCGCACAGUGCGGCUUUCUUCAUCCACGUGAAAAACUGGACGCCGAGCUUCUCACUGCGGCGGCAUGUGACCAUCCUUUCUAGUUACAUUAGAGGAUCCCUUCUGAAGGUGACAGUGUGAGGCAGUCAGCAAGAUGCCGGAACAGAGCAACGAUUACAGGGUGGUGGUGUUCGGAGCGGGAGGCGUGGGCAAGAGCUCGCUGGUGUUGAGGUUUGUCAAAGGGACAUUUCGGGAGAGCUAUAUCCCCACGAUCGAAGACACUUACCGCCAGGUCAUCAGCUGUGACAAGAGCAUCUGCACUUUACAGAUCACCGACACCACAGGGAGUCACCAGUUCCCCGCCAUGCAGCGCCUCUCCAUCUCCAAAGGGCACGCCUUCAUCCUCGUUUACUCCAUCACUAGCAAGCAGUCUUUGGAAGAGCUGAAGCCCAUCUACGAACAAGUGUGCCAGAUCAAGGGGGACGUGGAGAGCAUCCCCAUCAUGCUGGUGGGCAACAAGUGCGACGACACGCUGAGAGAGGUGCAGGCCAGUGACGGCGAGUCCCAAGCCAAGCGGUGGAAGUGCGGCUUCAUGGAGACCUCGGCCAAGACGAAUCACAACGUGAAGGAGCUCUUCCAGGAACUGCUGAAUCUGGAGAAGCGCAGGGCGGUCAGCCUGCAAAUCGACGGCAAGAAAUCCAAGCAGCAAAAGAGGACAGAGAAACUCAAGGGGAAGUGUGUCGUUAUGUGAACUGCCACCCGGUCCAUAAGCAACAACAAAACAGAACCCCGGCCGGAAAAAAAAUAAGCACCGGUCAGAUUCAGCACAGAAAUAUGAAACUGACCUCAUGGCCGUCCACGGGGCUUUAUCUCAAAGGCGAAACGUAUUGUCUUUUUUUCCCAUCCAGCCAAAAUUACGUUUUAAAAAGUAAAUCGAGAAUCCCCUUGCGGAACUAUUAGGUUCCCCUGAUGGAGGAGCUGUGUAUUUGUAUUAAAUAGCUGCGUUCCUUCUUUUAAAUGACCUGAAUGCAACACGAAUAUUUAUAUUUGAGUGCAGAGCCACUAAUUAAAGCACAUUCAUUUUGACGCGUUCAAUCACGGAUAUUUUUAUUUAUUAAAGCUUAGAGAGUUAUUCACUAACAAAUAGCACCUUAUUAAUGCAAACAUAUAUUACAAAAUAAGGUCCAUGGGCAAAUAUUUUUAAGAUCAAUGGACAGAUAGUUUCAAUCACUAUAACAGGAAACGUCAUAACAAUGAGCUAUUGAUUUAAGCUAUUUAUAUAAUAAAUGCAUUAACCUUGCAUGACGUUUUAAAUAAAAUAUAUUCUAAAACCAGUGCCGAUAACGUUUGAUUCUGGUGGGUUCCUCUUUGCAGCAUCAUUUUAGUUCAAUUAUAUUUGCGAGGGCGAGGUGAGGGGUUGUGGGGAAAAGAAUAAUCUCUAAAAUUACUGAAAUAGCACAGUGAUCUAGUAUAUCCCGAUUCAUUUAGCAUAGCAUCAGUCAAUCGACACAGAUAGAUAAAUAUCAUAAUGGGGGGUUUAAACUGCAGACACAUUCUACCAUACCUGGGUGGAGGAGGCUUGUGUGUCACUGUUAACUAUGUUUUGGCAACACAAUACCCAGGAAGAGAAUAAGAGCAUGGAUAAAAGAAUUGCCACAAAGGGCAAAAAGCAGCAUAUACUUGAUCAAAUAGUGUUCCAUACUACUUGGGG